AUGACGGCGUCUCCCGACUACCUGGUGAUCCUUUUCGUGACCACGGCGGGCACCAACGGGGCAAGGCUGGGCUCGGAUGAGCGAGAGCUGCUCCAGCUCCUGUGGAAAGUGGUCGACCUGAGGAGUAAGGAGCUGGGGCACCUGCACGACGUGCUGGUCCGGCCUGACCACCCGGAGCUGACGGCUGAGUGCCAGGAGAUCACCCAGGUGGAUGCGGAGAGCCUGGCACUGGCUCCGCCGCUGGAGCAAGCAUUGAGACAGUUUAAUCAGUCCGUGAGCAAUGAGCUGAACAUUGGUGUAGGUACUUCCUUCUGUUUCUGUACUGAUGGACAGUUGCACAUCAGGCAGGUUCUGCACCCUGAAGCUUCGAAAAAGAAUAUCUUACUGCCUGAAUGCUUCUACUCCUUUUUUGACUUGCGGAAAGAGUUCAAGAAGUGCUGCCCUGGCUCACCUGAUGUUAGCAAACUGGAUGUUGCGGCCAUGACAGAAUAUUUAAAUCUUGACAAGAACAGUCCAGCGUUUCCCUAUGGAGCCUCUCAAGUUGAAGAUAUGGGGAAUAUUAUUUUAACACUAAUAUCUGAACCAUACAAUCACAGAUUUUCAGAUCCAGAAAGAGUGAACUACAAAUUUGAAAGUGGGCCUUGCAGCAAGAUGGAACUUGUAGACGACAAUGCCGUUAUCCGAGCAAGAGGAUUGCCGUGGCAGUCGUCUGACCAGGACAUAGCAAGAUUCUUCAAAGGCUUAAAUAUUGCCAAGGGAGGUGCUGCACUCUGUCUCAAUGCCCAAGGUAGAAGGAAUGGGGAGGCUCUUGUGAGGUUCGUAAGUGAAGAGCAUAGAGAUCUAGCACUACAAAGGCACAAGCAUCACAUGGGGAAUCGAUACAUUGAGGUAUACAAGGCAACAGGUGAAGACUUCCUUAAAAUUGCAGGAGGCACUUCCAACGAGGUUGCACAGUUCUUGUCAAAAGAAAACCAAGUGAUUGUCAGGAUGCGAGGUCUUCCUUUCAAUGUAACAACAGAAGAAGUGCUGACAUUCUUUGGCCAGCACUGCCCUGUCACAGGAGGAAAGGAGGGAGUCCUGUUUGUCACGUACCCUGACAGCAGGCCAACAGGGGAUGCCUUUGUGUUGUUUGCUUGUGAGGAAUAUGCACAAAAUGCACUGAAAAAGCAUAAGGAGUUGCUUGGAAAAAGAAUGAGUAAGGAGGCUUUCUGUAACCUCUCUCUUUGUUUCACACAGGUGCUGAACAGGUACUCUUCCACUCCUCUCAUUCCUCUCCCGACACCUCCUAUUCUUCCAGUAUUACCUCAACAAUUUGUGCCUCCCACUAACAUCAGAGACUGCGUACGUUUGCGUGGUCUUCCCUAUGCUGCUACUAUAGAGGACAUCCUGGAGUUCUUGGGGGAGUUUUCUACAGAUAUUCGAACCCAUGGAGUUCACAUGGUACUAAAUCACCAGGGGCGUCCAUCAGGAGAUGCUUUUAUUCAGAUGAAAUCUGCAGACCGAGCUUUUCUGGCUGCACAGAAGUGUCAUAAGAAGACUAUGAAGGACAGAUAUGUUGAAGUCUUUCAAUGUUCUGCUGAGGAGAUGAACUUUGUAUUAAUGGGGGGCACUUUAAAUCGAAAUGGCUUGUCCCCGCCACCAUGUAAGUUACCAUGCCUUUCGCCCCCUUCCUACUCCUUUCCGGCUCCUGCUGCAGUUGUGCCAACAGAAGCUGCUCUGUAUCAGCCAUCCAUGCUCCUGAACCCACGAACGCUCCAGCCCUCCACGGCGUACUACCCUGCUGGGGCUCAGCUCUUCAUGAAUUACACAGCAUACUACCCCAGGUAAAGCAGAGGAGAAACCAAGCAGGAACAAAGAAGUCUUUUUGCAGCAAAUGCACAAAGCUCACAAAAGAACAUUGUCUGCUGUGCUAAAGGCUUGUGCUACCAAGAACAGCUUGUUCGGUAUCUUGUUCAGGGGAAACAAUUUCAGGAUAUCUAGGGAUUUCCCAAGUUUUAGAGUAUUUCAGGUAGUGAUGAU